AACUUCAAAAUCAUAUGUUUGUCAAAACAAGACGAGAAGCAAAAAUAUUCCCUGAUAUUCCUUCUCAUUCUUGUUUAUAUUUUGAAAAUAUCUGCUGAGUGCUGAAGAGUGAAGAUGUGAUUCCAAAAUUUAUUGGAAUUUAUUGAUUUUCUCCUCUAUAUUGAGUGGGCAGAUGUUAGGUAUGUGUAAUUAAUGAAUGAUAAAAUUUCCAGUAUUUGUUUAUAAAAUGGAGGAAGACACCACUGGGACAGCUAUUGACAACUUGUAUCCAGCUUUAGCACAAUGUUUUAUUAUAAUAAUAUGCGGCUAUUCAGCUGGCAGAAUGAAUCUUAUCUCAGAAACAGAAGCAAAAGGCAUAAACACAUUUGUUGGAACUUUUGCACUGCCUUCUCUCAUAUUUAUGUCUCUAGCUGAAUUGGAACUUGAUCAAGUGAACUGGCUAUUCCUACUAUCAAUACUAAUAGCAAAAAGUAUUGUAUUUUUUACUGUGAUAAUUGUUAGUUUAUUAGUAGGUAGACCUCUGAAGUUUGGCCGUGCUGGUAUUUUUGCAAUUUUUUGUACACAGAGCAAUGAUUUUGCUAUUGGCUACCCAAUUGUUGUAGCUUUGUAUAAAACAACACAUCCAGAAUAUGCUACCUAUUUAUAUCUUAUGGCACCUAUAAGCUUGGCUAUUUUGAAUCCAAUUUCCUUCAUUUUGAUGGAAAUAGGGAAGCAUAGGCAACCAGAAAGCUCACAGUUAUCUAUCAGAGAUGGGGACAUACCAAACUCUGAAAAUUUACACAAAGAGAGAUGUAAAGUGGCUGUGGCUGUUGCUAAAAAUAUUUUUUUCAAUCCUAUUAUUUUGAUGACUAUCUUGGGUAUUUUAGGAAAUUUUAUUUUUAAGCACAAAGUUCCAACAGUUUUUAGUGGAACUCUACAGGUAUUGGGUUCAGCUUUUUCUGCAAGUGCACUGUUUUUGUUAGGUUUACGCAUGGUUGGCAAAGUACACAAGCUGAGAGGUGCAACCUUAGUAGUUCCAGGAAUUUUAAUAAUGGUUAAAUUAAUUGUUCUUCCUCUUGUGACUAGAGAGGUUGUAAGUAUGAUACAUGCUGGUUAUAAUGAAUCUGAAAAUUUGGAUCUGAGCACUUAUGGAUUUUUAUAUGGAACUUUUCCUAGUGCUCCCACAGUAUUUGUUUUUGCUACACAGUAUUCUAUAGAUGUAGAUUUAAUUGCUAGUGCCAUGGUUGUCUGUACAUUUGUGAGUGCUCCCUUGAUGUUUGUGUCUGCAAAAAUGAUAACUCUCACAAAUUGCAACCCUUCUGAAUAUAUCAAGGAACUGAAUGCUUUCACAUUUGACGUCAGCAUUUUGGGGUUCAUCACCUCCAUUUGGGUAAUCUUGGUUUUCAUUCUAACCAAGAAAAUAUUCAGGGUACCACAUAAGAUCACUACAGCCCUAGCGAUUUCUCAACUUUUUGCAUGUCUUGGCGCAAUUUUAUGGAACACACUAAAACAAAAUGAUGGAUGGUCAGGAUAUGUCCAGUUUUCUCUCUUCAGCAUUGGAGUGUAUAGUUGCAGACUAUGGACAAUGAUAUUGGCUAUUACAUUGCUCUUUUUACAGUGUAGGAGCCUAUGUUUUGUUCUCAAACUGCAGCCUAUUUUCAUUGGUAUUGGUUGGGGGGUACCAGUGCUUAUAUGCGCUCUCCUUCUAGUGUUUGACAGUAAAGACGAUACACAUUUCAAGAAAAAAGACCCGAAUUUCGUGUAUGGCGCAUCGCAAGCAAUAAUUGCAGUUACACUUCUGGUCUUGUGCUUCAUUGUUACCGUCGGCUGCCUGAUCUUGCACCAGCGCUACCGCCGGCGCUUCGCUCGCUACAUGGACCUCGCGCAGGAAGUCGCGCGUCCGCCCCCCUGCGGAGACCCGCCCACUUCCGGGGGCGGCCCUUGUCCGCCCCACCUGGGCCCGCCCGCGCUGCCCACCAUCGCGGAAGGCGACAGCCCCGUCGUCGACAUCGAGGACGUGGCGGCGGAGUUCGGCAGCGGUAGGGGUGACGGGCUCUGCUCGUCCCGAUUCGGUUGCCUAGGUCCCAGCCGAGAACUCUGUCAUGGUAUCGUGCAGCAGUAUCAGCAACAAAUCAACGAUGAUCUCGAAUUGAUCGAAGAGGAGCCCGAAUCUCACGCACCUCAAAUUCUGAGGCACACUGUGCUGCUCAUUCUGCUAUCCUGUUCGAUGUUUGUGGGACUGGCUCUGUCCAUUUGGACCCUCGUGAUGGAACAGAUGUCCGGCAUCUACAUCGAGCUGUCCUUCUUGGACGCCACCUUGAACUUUGGCCAGAGCAUCGCGGUGUUCGCCAUCUUUGGUCUGGACACCAAGGAGAUUGCUCUGCCGGCAGUGAAGUACUGGCGGAUCUUGUGGUAUGGUGCCAACGCGUUGAAUCUGCCCGCGUGGCACGAAUUAGGCACGGAGACGAGGCACGUCUGCGACCAGUUCGUUACGCACCAUUUGCAGAGCUGCAGAAGCGCCAUCGCCGCAGACAGAAGAUGGCGAUUGCGAACGUACAAGGAGGUAUUUUCAGGCGAAAAAUUUGUCGAUUGGCUGAUAGAGGUGGGUUUGGCUAGAGACAGAGUCGAAGCUGUCAACUAUGCCAGACACCUCAUCGAAGGUAAGGUUUUGAGGCACAUCAACAGUGUCUAUCACUUUUACGACAGGAAUCUAUUGUAUACCUUCGUCUAAGGUAGGUUUUUGCGAUUUGUUUUUGUUAGCAAAGGAUAUCGAUUUGUUUCUUGUUGAUUUUUAUGCUUGUUGACUCUGGAAUCUAGCACUGACCGACUAUGAUUUCAUGAUUUAAUUGAAUAAUGAUUAUCUACGACAGUC